GCAAUGCAUCUUUUCACCAAAAGUUCCGUCACUCAUUUCCCACAUGCGUUUGUUUAUAAACAAUGAUGUCUAAUGUAAUCUCAUAUAACACAAAUUGAAUAACCGAUAUGCGAUUAAUAAUCAUUAAAACAAACAUACGCAAUGGUGUUUCUGCAAAAUGUAUUGUUUAAAUUCGUCCGAAAGUCUAUUCGCAAACAUUUACGGGGUAAAUUUAUCGACACUCUGCGGUUAUCGGUAAAGGGUGGCCACGGUGGCAAUGGAUUACCGAAGUACGGUGGCGUGGGUGGUCAGGGAGGAGCAGUUUACUUUGUGGCUAAAGAGGGAAAAACAUUGAAAGAUGUUUUGGGUGAAUUUUCGAACAAACGAGUAGUAGCCGGUAAUGGCGAGGAAAGUAGCAAAGCGCGGAUUUUGGGCCGACGAGGACUGGAUCGGGAGAUACAAGUUCCGGUUGGUAUACGUGUGUUGGAUGACAGUGGUUCGUUGCUUGCGGAACUGGACGAAGAAGGCAAAACAUGUCUGGCCGCUGGCGGAGGAAGUGGUGGUUGUUCCGGAAAUUCUUUCCUAGGCAAAAUAGGCCACACAAGGACCCUAACGCUGGACCUGAAACUGAUUGCUGAUGUCGGCUUGGUUGGGUUCCCAAAUGCAGGCAAGAGUACCCUUGUUAAGGCACUCUCGAAUGCAUCACCAAAGAUUGCUUCAUAUCCAUUUACGACGAUUCGACCUCAGAUCGGUACUAUUGAAUAUGCAGAUUAUCGCCAAAUAACCAUUGCGGAUUUGCCUGGCCUCAUAGAGGGAGCGCAUGCUAACUUUGGUAUGGGACAUAAGUUUCUGAAGCACGUGGAGCGAACGCGUCUUCUUUUGAUAAUCAUUGAUGUGUUUGGUUUCCAAUUAAGCCAGAGUCAUCGUAAACGAAAUUGUCUCGAGAACAUUUAUUCACUAAACAAGGAACUCGAAUUGUACGAUAAAACGUUACUCGAGAAGCCAUGUGUGCUUCUGGUAAAUAAAAUGGAUAAAGAAGGUGCAAUAGAGGAAAUAUGCAAAUAUGAUAGAUAUUUCAAUAAUCUUGAAGAUGGACUGUCGCACUGUCCGGAAGAGUUGAUCCCUACUCAGUUGAUAAACUUCGAGCGAAUAAUUCCCAUAUCCGCAAAAAGUGUUACAGAGAUAGACAAAGUAAAGCAAAGUAUUCGAGAGGUUUUGGAUGAAAAGGCCGAACAAAAAAUGCGUGAUGUGUUGGACGACAAGCAGAGACAAGCGAAGUUAGCUGGGAAACUAUACGAAAGUGGGCCAAAGAUUGGAUAAGGAUGUGGUUAAUUAAACUAGAUUGUAAUGAAUAAAGGAA